AUGUGCAUAGCUAUAGUUGUUUUUUUGGAUGCGAAACUGAGCAUCAGAUUCAAUAUACCGGAGUUUCUCGAGAAACUGUCAACGGGAGUCAGCGAGGACAAGUCUCGAAAAUUGAUUCGUGACUGUUUCCAGUACGGAAUCCCCCAGAAUAGUUUCUAUGGACCUGAGAGCAUCAGUAAUGUUUUGCUUUCUCCGGAGGAUAUCUACGCUUUUCUGGCUCGUGGGACAAGGUUGCGGCUGUGGGAUUUAGCUUUUGGAAUGUUUACGUUUCGUUCCGAAUAUUGUAUCAAGGAGGAUUUGUCGGUAGCCUUUUCUGUGGAUCGAGAUCAGAUGGUGCCUGGAUCUCAAGAAAUUACCGUCAAGUUGUAA